UUCAUUAGACAUUUAUAUUAUAAAGCGACAAUAACUCAUUUAUUGCAUUUAAUAACGUGUACCUUUAACAAGUGGUCAAUUAGAAGAACGAUUUAAAAGUUAUUAGCAGGUGAUAAAAUUUACAUUUCAACUGCCAUCAUUAUCGACUAUUACUAAAAUAAUUAGGAUGUCUUAUUUGUUUUCAUCCUUGUGUUUAUCAUUUUUGUUGUGCUCGUUCAUAGUGAUUCGUGCGAAACCAUUAGAUAAUGAAAUGUUGCAAACCAACGAAUUACAAAAUCAAGACAUCAAUACAGCAGACUCUGUUGCACUGAAUUUACCUGUCAUCACAGACAAGAACAUGUUUUUGCUACCAAAGGCUCUCAGUGGAGGAGACAGCUUUACUGUACAAGGAUUGAUACAGGAUAACCCAAAAAUGGUGACAAUUUCUUUGAUAGGAGGAAUCCAAGCACCUGAUUAUGGAAAUAUUAUCUGUAAAGUUGAUGUGGAAUUUUCUAAUGGUGAAGAAAAUAUGACAAUUAGUCAAGUAACUAAUGGAAUUAGCGAAAUUGUGCAACAGUACUCUGGAACUGAAGUUUUAAAUGGCAGUGAUGUGAAAAUACAGUUUCGAGCAAGAAAAGAUGAUAUGUUGCAUUUAUAUUCAAGUUUUUCAUCUUUUAUAGGUGAAAUACCAUUAAAUUUAAAUAUCAAUAAUGCAAAAUACAUGUCAUUUGGUGGAGAUUUGAAAAAAAUCACAGAAUUAAAAUUUGAAUUUGUUUGAAAAUUGCUAUGUUUGCAAAUGCAUUUUUUGUUAGCUGUUAACUCACAGAGACUAAUUAUCGUGAAAUGUGUAUGCAAGAUAUAUUUGUACGCCAUUAGUUGUAGAGUUAAAACACCAUCAUGGAAGCUUUGUUGACUGUUAUUUGUUUGAUGGUGAGCAUGUUUGAUUAGUUAUAAUGAUGUUACUGUUAAUGUUAGAAUUGGGUAUGUAUUUGACUUAAUUUUAAGUAAAAUUUAAUAUUUUGAACAUGCCAAUAAUAAGUUUAUUUAUAAAUAUGAAAAGAACUCACAGUGAAAGUGGAAUACAGUUAAUUGUCAAAUUAUCAAUUUUGCAUAAAUUGGAUAAUAAUAAUAACCCAUCAGUAUUAAUUAUUAUUAAUUAUAACAAUUUGACCAUUGAGGGAGACAUUUCAUUUUUAAAGUUCAUUUUUAAAUUAAAUUUUAAAUUUGCUUCACCACGUAGGAUUGGCGUCUUACAAAGCGUUAAAUACAUUUUUAAUCUUAGAUAUGUUAUCAGUGAUGUGUUCACUUUUAGCUGUAGUCAUUGCCGUCCCACCUUUUAAGUUUGUUUUUAAAACAUUCUAAGUUUAAAAUUUAAUCAUCUCAUUGUUGUAAGUAUAUUAUGUUAUAAUGAUAAUUGUAUAAUAUACAUAUAAAAUAAAACAUUGUCUUUAUUUUUUACUUCAUAUCAUUAUUCAGGUAAUUCUGUUCCUUAUAAUUACAGUGGUGCCUCUGAAAGGAAACAGCCCCGCCCAGUUCCACUUCAUUGCACCAUUCUCUAGACAAACGUGCUCAUGCUCAGUAAUAUUAUCUAUCUUUUCAAACAAUCUGUUGAUUUACAUCUGCAUUAUACAUAUAAUAAAUAUAUCUGCACUUAAUGGAAUACGUUAAAAUUGUAUACGUU